CCGGACUAUGAUAGUCUACACGAUUUAUUUGGUUGGAUGCAUUCCUACUUCCGUACCUGCCCAGAUUCUCUCAAGCCGUGUAUCUUCUACAUGUCAAUUUUUCCUCAAGGCCAGAUCAUAAGGCGGAGGCGGCUAAUAAGGCGCUGGAUUGCAGAGAGCUACUCCAGGGAAGACAAUGAAGAAUCUGCAGAGGAGAACGGAGAGCGGCAAUUCUCUGACCUCCUUGAUCUGAGCAUGAUACAGCAGGUACCACAGCUAGUCACCACCGCGGAAUUCAAUGACAGAAAGAUGGCCUUGUGCAAGUUGAACAGUUUCAUCCGUGAGUACAUCAUCCCGCUGCGGAAAGAAGAAAACCUUGUGUUUGAGCUGGGGGGUAAUUGUGCAUUAACCACCCAGCGCACAGGGCGUCACCUCGUCAUAUUGGACGACUGGGACAGAGACAGAAUUGUAUUUGAGGGCAUCGACUUCUCACGGCUGCGAUCACUCACAGUGGUUGGGAAGUGGAAAUCAUUCUUCAUAUCUGAGCGUAUGAAUCUGCUUCGGGUCCUUGAUCUGGAGGAUGCAACAUCAGAUAUAACGGCUGGCGAUCUCAAGAAGGUAGUGAAACGGCUGUGUCGCCUCAAGUUCCUCUCUCUCCGAGGGCAUACUGAGAUCGAUCAUCUACCAAGUUCAUUAGGGGAUCUCAGGCAGCUCCAGACCUUGGACGUCAGGGACACCUCCAUAGUGACUCUGCCUGCGAGCAUCACCAAGUUAAAGAAGUUGCAGUACAUUCGUGCCGGCCGUGGCACCACCAUCUCAGCACUACUUGCUUCAUCCUGCUGGUUGCCCGAUUUCUGCAAGUGCCGUCAACUAGUUGGUGUUCAAGUGCCCGGGGAAAUUGGGAAUCUGACAGGGCUGCACACGCUCGGUGUUGUCAAUGUCGCUGCUUCAGGGGGGAGGGCUGCCAUAAAAGAGAUCAAGAAGCUCAGCCAGUUGCGGAAGCUGGGAGUGUCCGGCAUCAACAAACAUAACAGCAAAGACUUCUUCUCUGCAAUCUCGGUUCAUGUGCAUCUGGACUCCUUGUCAGUGCAGAUGGACAUUGAAGGCUGCUUGGAUGAUAUCCUCCUGCCUCUGAAGAAC